UACAGUCGAAUAUAGAAAUAUUACUUGUUUUUGACUUUUGUUGUAAAUAUUGUAAAUAUGCUAUAAUAUGCAGCUUUAGUUUAUUAUGUAUGACGAAGUACUUACUACUUCUAUUAUUAAAUACAUUCAUUAAACAAAGUAUGAUGCUUCAGAUAAAAUAAAAAAAAAAAACAACAACCAAUGGAAAAAUUAUAAAAAAGCAUUAACAACAACAAAAGCUAAGCUAACUACUCGAUGUACAUAUACAUAUGUAUGUAUGUUGUAAGCAUUAAGUAUCUGUGUUGUCCAGUGUAUCUGGAUUGGAUUUAACAGUGAUGUUGCGUUUGUUGUAUCCACACUGUUAGAUUGUUAAAUCAGUUGAUUACGGUGAGAAGAACGAACAAGAUGUUUAAAUAGCGUUAAAAAAACAAGCGGAUAAAAAACACAAGUUUUAAAUAUUUUUAAUAAAUUGAAAUCAACAUAAUAUAUGCAUAAUUAUUAUUCAAAAAGUAAUAGAAAACUAAACAGUGAAAAUGUCAAAUAAAAAUGUUUAUACUAGUGUUAAAACCGAGCCAGAUUUAGAGGCCGAAGAAGACGACAUCGCCUUGGCGAUGUCACCGACUAAUAGACAAAUAGCCAAGACACCAACACCACGCGAUAUCAGCGAAAAUCCCGAUGAACGUGAAACAUGGAGCGGCAAAGUCGAUUUCCUGCUAUCCGUUAUAGGAUUCGCUGUAGAUUUAGCAAACGUAUGGCGAUUUCCUUAUUUAUGCUACAAAAAUGGCGGUGGUAAGUACUUAUUUCCCCUUUACACUUUUCCCCAACCAUUUUUUAAAGGAAAUGGUUAUGUUUUCUAUAAGAUGUGUGUAAGGCAUUUUGACCACCGCAACAAUCAUAAGCUAUGUUGUAUUAAGGGAAUGUAGUAUAUCAGCAUCAACAACAAAAGCUAAUUUGGGGCACUUGUCAGCUUAAUGCCACAGUGAGCACAAUUAGAAUUAU